GGACUCGUGCCUGUGUCUUUAAGAGAGAAAGGACAAUUUUUAAUGUGGAAGCGGAGAAGAGCCAGUGAGAGAGCAAGGUGUGAAUUUAUCAACAUUUGUGCCUCCUUUCCCAAGCUGCGUGCUGAGUCUCCAUGCACCGGCAUGCGCCCUCUCGCAAGGCUUCUGAAGAGCAAACCCUCUCUCUCUUUGGCUCUGUCUCCCUCACUCCCUCCCACCCGGGCGCUCCCUGACACACACCCAUACAUACAAAAAGCACGCACGAACACGCACGCACGUGCCGGCAACCAGACGCACACACCGCAACCGGGGAGCGCCGCCGCUGGACCGCGGGCAUCUCGUCAAAGGAAAGGGAAGGGAGUCCGAGCGAGGGCGAAGGGACAAAAGGGGAAAGGAAGUGGGAGAGGAGCGAUUGGAAGCGGGAAAGGAGCGACCUUUACGCGGAGCCAGAAAAGAAGGCGGGAACCAGCAAAGGGGAAACGCGAUCACUGUCACGGCUGCAGCGCUCCUUGACGCAGCAUGGGCAAUGCACCAUCCCAAGCACAUGCCAGCAGGGCCUGUUAUCCCAAACAAGACCCAGAGCGAGGCGGCACUCACAUGAUCUCCACAGAUGACCUGGAGUACCCGCGGGAGUAUCGGACACUGGGCAAUAGCGGCAGGCGCUUCUCUAACGUGGGCCUGGUGCACACGUCGGAGCACCGACACACGGUGACGGCGGCGCAGAGCCUGGAGGCGCUCACGAACCUACACAAGGCCGACAUGGAACGCAAGCGGGACGCCUUCAUGGACCACCUGAAGAGCAAGUACCAGCAGCAGCAGCAGCAGCUGCAGCAUCAGCACCACAACCCGCCAUCACCUUCGCAAUCGCACGCGAGCAUGAGGGGAGGCUCGGAGAGGGCUGCGCGAGAACAGCAACAACCCAACUACUGGAGCUUUAAGAGCCGCAGCCCCCGCCAUUCCCAGUCCACCCAAUCGGGGCUCGCCGACCAGGCCGCCAAGCUGUCCUUUGCCUCCGCCGAGUCCCUAGAGACCAUGUCCGAGGCCGACGUGCCCAUCGGCUUUAACAGGAUGAAUCGGUUCCGCCAGAGUCUGCCCCUGUCGCGCUCCGCCAGCCAGAAUAAGCUACGGUCUCCAGAUGAAUAUGCAGGUGUGCUGUUCCUGCAGUACGGCGACGAGACGCGCCGUGUGCACAUCACCCACGAGCUGAGCAGCCUGGACACGCUGCACGCCCUCAUCGUGCACAUGUUCCCGCAGAAGCUGACGGCGGGCAUGCUCAAGUCGCCCAACACGGCUGUGCUGAUCAAGGACGAAGCGCGCAACGUCUUCUACGAGCUGGAGGACGUGCGCGACAUCCAGGACCGCAGCGUCAUCAAGAUCUAUCGCAAGGAGCCCAUCUACGCCUCCUACCCGGCUGCUGCACACCUGGCCAAUGGGGACCUGCGGAGAGAGAUGGUGUAUUCGUCCCGCGACUCCUCUCCGACGCGCCGCCUGAACACGCUGCCUUCAUCGUCAGGCUCCUCCGGCUCGCCGUCCCGCUCGCGCCUGUCCUACAGCGGGGGUCGCCCGCCCUCUUUCGCCGGUUCCCACGAGCAGGCCCGGCAUCCUCACCACGUCGCCGCUAACGCGGUCCUCUCACCCUCGCCCAGCGCCAUCCUGGAGCGGCGAGACGUCAAGCCAGACGAGGAGGUCUCAGCAAAGAACUUGGCGCUGAUGAAGAACGAGUCACUGUACGCCGACCCCUACAGCCUAAUGCACGAGGGCCGCCUCAGCAUCGCCUCCACGCAGUCCCUUGCGGCCAUCGGCGACCCCUUUGCUUUCCCUGUUUCCACGGGCUUGUACCGCCGCGGCUCCGUGCGGUCGCUUAGCACCUAUUCCGCCGCCGCACUGCAGGGGGAACUGGACGACGCGCUCUAUAAGCCCGGCGGGUCGCUAUACUCCGACACGUACUCGGCCACGCUAGGCAUGGGCUUCCGCAUGCCUCCGUCGUCCCCACAGAAGAUCCCCGACAUGCACUUGCGGGAUAGAGACUCGUACUCCGUCUCGCCCAGUAGGGCUUCACCCGUCAGGCAGAACUUUCGCAAGGACUCUGCAUCCUCCUCAGUGUUCGUGGACAGUCCCAAAUCCAGACCCGGUUCCGGCUCAGAGCCUCUCUGCCUCACGGCCGGACCUGGAGAGGGAGGCAGGGCCACGCCUGGUUUUUCGUUGUCUGGAGCAGAUGCUGAUGUGAGCAGGGAUCACCGUCUUGAGCGCAUGGAAGCCAUGGAGAAACAAAUCGCAAGCCUGACCGGUCUGGUCCAGAGCGUGCUGACCAGAGCACCGGACAGUGAUAGCACAUGCGGCCUGCUGCGUCUCUGCAUGAUGGCGGGCUGCCCCCCGGACCAGGGAGCCGACUUCUCACGGACAUUACCUUUCUCUUCCAGCGACAAGACUGACACCAACAGCGACGGCUCCGCCACAGGAACGGGACGGCUAAAGAAGAAAGCUCACACGCCGUCGGCCCCACUGGCGCUGAUGCCUCCGCCGCCGUCUAACUCCACGCCGUUGAACAACGUCAGCCGGCUGCAGAUGCAGCUACACCUGCACGGGUUGCAGCAGAACGCCAACGACCUGCGAAAGCAGCUCGGACAGCUGCGCAAGACGCAGCUGGAGAACCAGGACUCUAUGCGCAAGCUGCUGAAACGCACUGAAACCGAGCUGAACGUGCGCGUGGCCGACGCCCUUCGCAAGCAGGAGGACCCCCUUCAGAGGCAGCGCCUCCUGGUGGAGGAGGAGAGGCUCAAGUACCUGAACGAGGAGGAGCUCAUCAUCCAGCAGCUUCAUGACCUGGAGAAGUCGGUGGAGGACAUCCAGAAGGAGUCGUCCGUCAACCACAAGCUGGUGAGCGUGCAGGAGCUGGAGGAAAAGACGGCCAUCCUCCGAAAGUUGGGCGAGACACUCACCGAGCUCAAGAAUCAGUUCCCCAGCCUGCAGAGUAAGAUGCGGGUGGUGCUCCGGGUGGAGGUGGAGGCUGUCAAGUUCCUGAAAGAGGAGCCACACAGGCUAGAUGCCCUGCUGAAACGCUGCAAGACCAUUACAGACACCCUCAACGCCAUGCGAAAGCAAGCCAAUGACGGCGUCUGGAAGAAGCAUGAGGACUUCACAUCAGCCAAGCACAACGACGAGCUAAGAAGGUUCCCGGACUUUGACCUCCCGAGCAGCCCGCCGCUUGCUAUCAACGACCUGGGAGGAGGAAACAGCCUGUCCAAUUGGAGCCCGCACACCAGCCUGGCACGCCGCCACCACGGCAACCCGGCCGGCCCGCACAAGGACAAUCACCCGCCCGUCCCUCACAAGGGCAAAGCCCUGGAGGAGCUGGAACGCCGAAGCGCUGCUGAUAAAGCGUCGUCUGUCGAAGUUCGCCUGGCAGCCGAGCGGGACUGGGAGGAGAAGAGGGCCAGCCUAACCCAAUACAGUGCUCAAGACAUCAACCGGCUGCUGGAGGAAACCCAGGCCGAGCUCAUGAAGGCUAUACCCGACCUGGACUUUGCCGCUAAGCAGAUCAAGCCUUCCUCCAAUGCCACACCCUCGCAGGUGCCGCAGACCCCUCCAAGCGGGACUGCUACCCCCGAGCACCGCACCAUCAACAGCAAGCCCCUGCAGAAGAAGGAAGGAGGCUCUAGGCUUGGAUCCGAUGAGCUGACAGUGCCGCGCUACCGCACAGAAAAACCCUCCAAGUCGCCACCUCCGCCACCACCCAGACGCAGCUUCCCUUCUUCUCCCGGUCUGAUCACCCGCAGCGGGGAGCCCCUCAUUCCCGGGAAGUGUGUCAAGAAGUCUGACUCUGAGGAAGCGGAGAACCAAAAGCCACAUGUAAAACUGAGGAGGACAGUGUCUGAAAACCCUCGUCCCGCAUCCACGCCUCCUACUUUAUCCGGGGACAAGGCAGACGCAGAACAGGAGAAAACUUCUGCCCAGUUAGAGGGAGGGAAUGCCGCCCUGUGCAAAAUCCCGCCGGCCCCGGCCUCCAAACUGAAACAGCUGCAGCAGCAGAACAGCACGGACAAGUACAAAAGCGGCAAGAGGGAGGACUUCCUGAAGGCCCAGCAGCAGGGAGCCGCCCUUGGCGCGGAUUCGGGCGUCCGCCGCAGGAGGGCGGAGGGUCCCGCGCUGAGGGCGUCGCCCGGCCAGGCCAAGGCGCUGCUGGCCAGCCUGUCGGCCGCUGGCCUGAGCGCCGAAGCCCUGCUGCUGUCCUCCGCCCUGCGCCGGCACCGCCUCCUCCGCGAGCAGCAGCAACGGGCAUCCGCGUCCUCCCUGCCCUCGCCGGGCAGCCGCUCCCCGUCGCCCGCCUCCUCCUCCUCGCAGACGCCCAGCGCCACCCUGUCGUCAUCCUCCUCGCCCACCACGCCCGUCUUGUCGCCGUGUUCGCCCACAUCGCCCACUUCGUCCAAGGCCGGUCUGGAGGGGCUUAAGAAUGGACAGUAAGGGCAAAAAUGGCAGAAUUCCCUUUUUUGGACCACUCUCGCGUUGUUCCGUCGGGUGAAAUAUUAGGACCAAACAAAGAAAAAUAUGACUAGGAAAUUGAAAUAUUAUGGGAAUAAAAUCGUAAUGUUUCGUAAUAUAUUGAGAAAAAAGUCGUGAUGAGACGAAAUUCAUAAUAUUAUGAAGAAAGAGUAACAAGAUUAGUCAUUGUAUUGGGUAUUGCAGUGAAUUUAGUUAAAUUAGCUACUACAUUCUUUGCAAAGCAUUUCGCCAAUUAGGUUAAAAUCAACAAUACUGAGAGCAUCUCUUGAGGCUGUAUAUUAGAAUGUUUGGUAAAAUUACAGAACAUUACGACUUUUUUUUCACAUGAUAUUACGACUUUAUUCCUGUAGCACUACAUUUUUCUCUUAAUUUUUAUUUGUUGGUCCUUAAUACCUCAUCGUAGUUCCUGAAGUCCGUUAGGGGAACUUUACACCCCGACGCACAAAACUGGACCUUUCCCACCUUAAUAAGCUGAUCCUGUUUUAACUCAUUGGCUGCCAUUGACAGUUUGUACACUGGUAAAUUUGGCAUAUUACCGCUUAUUACACUCUUCUAAUUGUUUUAAUGUUAUUUAAUGAAUUAGCUGCCAUUAAAGGUAAUAGACGGCCAAUACAUUUUGAUUGUGAGAGGGCGAAUGAACGUUCGUUCAUUUACUCCGUCCGAGUCAAAAUGGAUUGGCUGUCUAUCACUGUCCAUGGCAUUUAGGCAUGAUCAUUCAAAGCCAGCUUUUCCAGUUUUAAUAGAUUGGAAAUCUUUUGCCGUCAAUGGCAGUCAAUAAGUUAAAACGUAGAUGCAAUAAUCACCACGCGAGUCCUCUCAGCAUGCAGGUGCACCUCAAUACAUUUGAAUAGGGCUGGGUGACAUGGCCUCAAAAUAAACUGACCCACCCCCGACCCCCGUUGAAAACAUCUAAAAGUGCAAAACCCCCUUUAUUAAUGUUAAAUAUAAACUUUUUCUCUCCCUAUUUGUACUGUCAGCCCCUAAAUACAAAGUAAUUACUAAAGCUGGGAAAAAAAUAUCUGGCGAUAUAUCGUGAUCCUUUAUGUCCCAAUACCCAGUAUCGAUAUUUUUUUCUGAUUAUCGAUACUGUCGAUACUACCGGCCACAAACCUACAAACUAUAGAUGUCCCGAUCCAGUCACUCUCAGUCCUGCUGCUUUUCUUGGUCUGCAGUGCGCUGGAGUUUGCUUGUUAAAGUUAAUGAUUAGGGUUGUUCCGAUCAUGUUUUUUUGCUCCCGAUCCGAUCCCGAUCGUUUUAGUAUGAGUAUCUGCCGAUCCCGAUAUUUCCCGAUCCGAUUGCUUUUUUUUGCUCCCAAUUCAAUUCAAAUCAUUCCCGAUAAUAUUUCCUGAUCAUAUACAUUUUGGCAAUGCAUUAAGAAAAAAAUUAAUAAAACUCGGACGAAUAUAUACAUUCAACAUACAGUACAUAAGUACUGUAUUUGUUUAUUAUGAGUAUAAAUCCUCAAGAUGGCAUUUGCAUUAUUUACAUUCUUUCUGUGAGAGGAAUCCACGGAUAGAAAGACUUGUGACUUUGUAUAUUGUGACUAAAUAUUGCCAUCUAGUGUAUUUGUUGAGAUUUCAGUAAAUGAUACUGUAGCCAUGCCCAAAUGCAUGAUGGGAAGUGGAACCAUGACUGUGCGUAGUGCUACCAAUAGAUAUAUCUUCUCUGCGUUGGGAAAUAACAUAAGGUGUUAAGAAAAAGAUCAAUUGCUACCUUGCUUCCCCACAUUGCUUCCCAUGAUAUUUCUAAUCGUAGGGAGAGGGAUCGUAAGGCUUUAGCCAAUUAAAGGCUCCAAAGGCUGCCAAAAUUCACUCUGCUCAUUUUAUGCUGCCUUUUAUCUCUAUAUAGGUAAAAUGGCGCCAUUACAGAUUGAGCGCGACAAUGAGUGAGUGGGUCGUGCAGUGCAUGCAUGAAAUGCGUUAAAUAUUUUAACGUGAUACAUCUUUUAAAAAAUUAAUUAACGUCGUUAUCGGGAUAAAUUUGAUAACCCUACCUUAAGCCUAAACUGAAGACUCUGGAUGAGUGUAACAUAUUAUGUCUGUAACAUUAAAUACAAUUUGAAAACGAUUUAAUUAAA